GUACAAUCAACAGUACCGCACGGAGUUGACAAGUGCGCCCUCCCCCAUCAACGUCGUUUGACAUAUAGCCAUCGUUACAAGAUUCGCCUCUGGCAGUUUUUAAAAAGGCAAGCUCAAAGCCACAUAUUAUACUGUAUGUGCAGAAAACGUGCGGGGAGGACAGCCUACAGAGAUUGGUUCUUCUACAAGACAAUCCCUGCUUUCUUCUUCAUUUGGAGACAAUUGAUGUGCAUGCGUAAAACGACAAUUGAAAGCCCAAAAGGAGAAGACUCGGGUUAUUUCGCGGUGGACAAUCUAAACUCGAAUAUAAAUGGACAUUUGACACAAAAAGACAGAGUGGGUGAAGAGUGGAACCUUAGCAUUUGAUACAGUGAUUGAGGGACUUUUACGCACGCAGGCAGUGGCCACCUGUGGAUGGUGAUUCUUUCAAGGACUUUUGCCCCAAAACCUCAAUGAUCGAAAACAUUGCAAGCGUUCCAUGCAGUACACAUAGUAGUUAAUUAUAGUUGUUUUAUGUUUGUAAUCGUUUUAAUUUGAAACAAUAUGCUGAUUCGUUUUUCACUCCUGGCAACGCUUCUCCUAAGCGAGUCGGGUUGUUUGGGCUCGUUCGUACCGUGCGAACCGUGUGACCAGAAGGUUAUGUCGAUGUGUCCGCCAGUACCGGUGGGAUGCCAGCUGGUGAAGGAGCCUGGCUGUGGUUGCUGCCUGACUUGCGCGCUCCCCGAGGGACAGUCGUGCGGGGUGUACACGGGGACUUGCACGCACGGGCUCCGAUGCCUGCCGAAGAGCGGGGAGGAGAAACCGCUGCACGCGCUCCUCCACGGGAGAGGAGUGUGCGCCAACGAGAAGAUGUACAAGCCGCUGCAUCCAGGCACGGAUGGUUAUUCUCCAGAGGAAGCUAUGUUAGUAGUGGUUCCAGAGUCCCUGCUGCCCCAGGCCAAGGUGCCUCUGUACGGGGCCAGAGACCACAUCAGCAGCCGCAAGGCUCAGGCCAUGAGACAGGCUAAAGACCGCAAGAGACAGCAGGCCAAGCUCCACUCUGUCAGCAGCCUUGACUACUCAACCCUCGCCCUGGACAAACUGCAGCCUGAGUUUGGACCCUGCAGGAGAAAGCUGGAUGGGAUCAUUCAGAGGAUGAAAAACACAUCUAGAGUCCUAGCUCUGUCCCUAUACCUUCCCAACUGUGACAAGAAGGGAUUCUUCAAGCACAAGCAGUGUAAACCAUCACGUGGGCGGAAGCGGGGGAUCUGUUGGUGUGUGGACCGUUUUGGCGUGCAGCUCCCUGGCACGGACUACAGUGGAGUGGACAUCCAGUGCAAAGACCCGGAGAGCAACAGCAACAAAAACGAAUGAGAGAUGGCCAAUUUGGUCACCUGACAUGAGUCAAGGCCCGCCUCCCUUUACCCCUACUCCUGCAAAUCACAUGUACAUGCAAAAUAUGCAAAAGCCAAUCAAAUCAGGAAAACAGAGCACAGAUACAGUACAUACACAUGGUUUUAAACUAUACAUCUACCUAUACUGAGAUGACCUAUAACCUCCCUUUGAAGCACAUAUAACAAUGUUCUCUUAUUUAAAUUAUAUUAGAUUCUGUUUAAACAAAAUGUUAAGGCUAAAGAGUAAAGCUCAUCUUUUUCACCUACUGUAUGUUGUUAUCGUGAUGUUGACAGGAACUCUUUACUGGGGAGCACAGUAAUCUGGGGUCGUAUUUAAACGUAAAUCUGUUCUCUUGGUCCAAAUGUUUGUCCCUUCAGAGCACUUCCCCUACAAGAGAACCUCAGUGACUGAAAGUACUUUAUUGUCUGAGUUUGGGUCUAUGUCCUUAUAUGUCUUUCUGAGUGCGAUGAGAUCAGCUUCUUUCAGUUCCUCCUUUCUUCCACUUUGUCUCCCAGAUUGUUCUGAGUUGAGGGUCUUAAGAACUAGUAACUGCUCGUAUACAGUAGGUUGUUGCAGAGUAGUUACAGUAGCUAUCUUAAUAAACCCAUCAACUGCUACUUCUGAUGGGUUGUGUCUCAAUAUAGGGGUGACUGUAUGAAAUGACUGUGUGUGUGUGUGUGUGUGUGUGUGCCUCCUAUACUUUCUCCUUUAGUAGUCUGUAUUGUGCCUUACCUUCCGUGAAGUAUAUAAAAAAUAUCACCUCAAAAACACAUCAUGACAGUCAUUUGCUUGUUUUGUCGUUUAUAAACGACAGCCAAGAAAGUACAGGUGCUUUGAAAAGUCCAACACAGGCUCAAAUCGCAUGCAAAUGCUGCACAGCAUUUCUAUUGACUUCUCGUAGCAUCCUGUCUGACCACAACACAGUCUUCUGCCUAGGACUCUACUGUAUGACCCCUGGAAAGGUGUGGUUCUUUGGGUUUCUAUGGAAAUCUCAGUGCCUUCUCUCUCUCUCUCUCUCUCUCUCAUGACUUUGAAUCCAGAUUUACAUCCAGGUUAUCAGGCCUUGUCGUUGAACGAGGACAUUUUUAGCAGUAUGUGGAUGUGGAGAUUGGUCACGGAAGGCCGUGAUGAUUACUUCUUGAUCCUACGUCCCGUUUGUGAACAUGAUGUUAAAUCAGACGUCAACUGAUUUUAUUGAAGCUCAAAACAUUUGCCAGAUAUUUUGUUGACAUUCCUUGAAAUAUACAUCCCUUUUUUCAGGGUAUGGUAACAUGCCAAUAGCUUUGACAGGGGCUGUGUGUACAGCCUAUGCCUGCCACUAGAAUGCAUAGGAGACUUGGAAAGGUUUCUCAACUCAGUCUUAAGCUUGCUUGUAUGAAAGACCAUGACAUCUCAAACAUUCCAUAUUCGUGAUAAAAAAGCAUGUAGGAAAGUAAUAGGUAACAGUUUACUUAAAGCCAAACGGUACAAUGCUUCUUUGCUGCAAUUUACUAACAGGCUGAAAAUAGCUGUUUAGUCAGGGUCCAUCAGAGACGAUGGUAAGACGUUAUAACAGGGUCAUACAUGCUUAUGACAAUUCUUACAAUGCAAUAAUGCAAUACCUGUUGGCUUUAAAUGAAGUGUUACUAACAAAUCUAUUUAUUCACUGUGUAAUUGAUAUAUUUUAACCUUGUCAUUUUUGUAACGACAAAGCAUUUAUUUAAAUAAAGUUAUGUAUUGAUGUAUGGGAA